UCUGACAUUACAAGCCGUAGCUUCGAGUGUAAAAUGAGUUUCAAAUCUAAAGUCGUAAUUGUCACGGGUGCGAGCUCUGGCAUUGGGGCCUAUAUAGUCACAGCUUUUGCCAAAGAGGGCGCCGACGUCGUUUUAGUAGCUCGAAAUGAAGACAGAUUAAAAAAAGUCGCUAAAGAAUGUGAAGGCUUCGGUGGCGAACCACUCAUGGUUCCAGCAGACAUCACAAUCGACGAUGAAGGGAAAAACGUAAUCGCUAAAACAAUUGAGAAAUUCGGACGACUGGAUGUGCUAGUUAAUAGCGCUGGUAUACUGCGAACAGGUCUGCUAGAGAAAGGAGACAUUAUGAAAGUCUUCGACGAGGUUAUGAACAUCAAUGUGAGGGCUGCUGUAAAUUUAAUGAAGUACGCUACUCCACAUUUGAUUCAAACUAAGGGCAAUAUCGUUAGUAUUUCAAGCGUAGGUGGACAGCAGGUGUUUGCGGAAUUCAUGGCCUCUUACUCAACAUCAAAGGCUGCUCUUGACAUGUUCUCUCGUGGCGCUGCUGUUGAGCUUGGAAAACAUGGCGUAAGAGUGAAUGUUGUUAGUCCUGGAGGUGUAUUAGGAACUAGUUUAUUGGCUAACGCUGGCUUUGAUCCACAAUUAACAGCUGAUGAUUUCGCAUUUAGAUCUCUUCUAGGCAGAUGGAGUGAGCUACAAGAGAUUGCUGAUUUAGUUCUGUUCCUAGCAAGUGAUAAAGCCAAGGGAGUCACAGGUAGUAACUAUACCUGCGAUAACGGUUACCUAAAUGAUAAACAGUGUUUUAAAAAAGGUGUGAUUUUGAAAUAAUAUUGCGAACAUUUACAUUAAUUAUAAUUUUAUUAACAAAAAAAUAUUGUACUGAGUUACCGAAGUUAUGGAGCACCUAUUUUAUGGUUUGAAAUUACGAUCUUGUUUACUGGAGCUAAUUGGAUGUGGAGGAACUGGAGUUCUAUUAUCGGUAUUUAGGCGUUUGCUUGCUGGUUAUAAUUGUAUUGUAUUGUAAUAUUGUUUUUGUUAUUAUUUUUUGAAAUCAAAAGGUUUGUAAAAUUUU